CACUACGACGUCAGACCAGCGAACUGGGCUACAUCACAGAGAGAGAGGAGAGAAUGAAGAAAGAACUAGAGACCGCCCUACAGAGAGUCAAGACUCUAGAAACCAACAUAGAGUCUGAGAGAGCUGCUCACCUGGAGUCUAAAUUCAACUCUGAGAUCAUACAGCUGCGUAUCCGUGACCUGGAGGCAGCUCUACAGGUGGAGAAGUGUAGCCAGGCUGAAGCCGUGUCCAGUCUGGACAUGGUCAAACAACAGUUCAGAGAGGUGGAACGAGCCUACAGCAUAGAGAGAGACAGGGCACGGGACUCUACUGGCAGACUGGCACAGCUGGAGAAGGACUACCUGAGUUCUAAGGCAGAGUUGAGUGCAGAGUUGGAGAAGGAGAGAAGAACUGCAUCACACGUCCGAGACCAACUACAGGAACUACACACGCUACAUACGCACAGCCUGACACAGCUGGACAUGGCUCGUAAGCGUCAGGUGUUGCUGGAGGAGGAAUUUGAGAGCUAUCUUAGAGAGUUACAACAGCUACUGCAACUACACACCGCUGUAGGGCCCCUCACUGCUGUAGGACAACUCACCACAGAAGAGCCUGUUGGAGAGGGAAGACGGCACAGCCCCUCUACUGUCAUGAACAUGCUGGGGACAACCCUGACUACAUACCAGACCACCCUGGACCAGACUACUACAGAGGUCCUGGAUCAGCAGAAACAGUCAGAGAGGCUGGUCCAGGAGGUUCAGUCCAACCAGCGACUGAUGUCAGAACAGAAGAGUCACUUAGAGGAGCUCCGUGCAGCGCUGUCUGACUGUAACGUAGAGUUACAGCGUCUGAGAUCCCAGUGUUCUGAAAAGACGCUCCAGACCAACCGACUACAGACUGACCUACAGACCGCCCAGCAACACUGGGAGAGGGAGAGAGAAAGGGAGAAGCAGAGAGAAGGAGAGAGGGAGAAAACGAGGAGAAGCACAGGGAAGGAGAGCGGGAGAAGGAGAGAGAGAGGACCGUGGAGUUGCAGGCAGAGGUUCAGAGGAUCAGACAACUCAAUCAGAAAGAUUCUCAGUUUGGCUCACCCAAGUGAGAAGUUGUCGUUCCUUCACGGUCUGUUCCAGCGUCUGUUGGCGGGCUGCGUCCUCGUCUCCCAGCCGCAAUGCAUCCUGGGUAGUUUCUCCUGGGCGGAGCUCUGUGAUGUCAUAACGGAACACGUCGACACCCUCACCUCUGACCUUACACGCGCCAACGAGAGGAUGUUCGGUGCUCAGCUUGAAGAGGCCCGUCAGAGACUAUCCUCACUAGAGAAAGAACGCAGCCAGCUGACCAAUGACCUCGCCAUGCUCCAGAAAACCCUAACCCAGUCUGACCUCCAGGGGUCAACCCUGCUCUCAGCCUGCACCCUACUGGCUGGGGCGCUCACACACCUCACACACGCCACACACACACUCCGCACACAGAAAACUCUCCUCACUCGCCGCUUGGCGGAGCGAGAGGGCCUAGAGAUGGAGGGUGGGUGGGCAGAGGUACCCUCUAUAGGGGUUCGUGUUUCAGUCAUCCCUCCUCUGGAGGAGAGGGAGAAGGACUCAACACCGCCAUCUAAAGGUGAAGAGGAUAAUGACGAUGAAGGGAGAGGAGGACUGUGUGUGAGGUGGCUUCGUCGUAAAGAUAUCUCCUUCUUCAUCAUGUCUUCCAUGGCUGAACUACAAGAGGCCUUAGAGCACACAGUAUCUUCCUCUCAGGUGGUAUUGUCUGCUGCUCGUAACAGUCUAUCCCGCCUCCUGGACCACCUCCUCACCCCCUCAGACCGAGGGUCCCAUCUCACACCCUAUAGCGUGAACAAGGGUACUCUGGUUAGUCGGCUGGGACAGGGCCUACACCGAAUCACGGCCAAACAGAUGAGCAAUAAGGUUUGUGGUCUAUAA